UUUGAACUGGAGUCUCACCGGUUGGCAAGUUAUUACAUUUUCCUCUAAAUACCGGAGGACCUAUGACUCUUUCAGUUGUGGACUUGCUGGCACGGUCUGCAUUACCUGCUUUGCACUGGUCAACACAAAAGUAGCUUAUAGCGAAGGAACUGUUACACAGUUCUAAUAGAACCGUGGAAGACAUGGAAAAUGUAAAACGAAGUACGGAUAAAAUGUUGUAUGCUACAUUCAGAGCAGUUUGCACGAACACUGUUCUAUUUGUUUUUAUUUUUGGGUUUGGUGAAGGCUCUUCCCUGCAUCACCGUGAUAGCAGAUCCAACCCUCUUUCCCUGGAGAAGCAUUUUGGACAGUACCCCAGGGACUCUCAGUGUCACCACAUGCUGAAGCACCUCCACAACGGGGCACGGAUAUCUGUACAGAUGCCCCCAAACAUCGAAGGCCACUGGGUGUCCACCAGCUGUGAAGUGAGGCCCGGCCCGGAGUUCAUCAUCAGGUCCUACCAGUUCUACCACAACAACACUUUCAAGGCCCACCAGUUCUACUACGGCGACAACCACUGCACUACACCCACCUACACGCUGGUCAUCCGCGGCAAGUUGCGCUUGCGGCAGGCCUCCUGGAUCACCCGCGGCGGCACGGAGGCGGACUACCAGGUCCACCGCACCCAGGUGGUGUGCCACAGCGAGGCGGUGGCCAAGGACCUGAGCCAGCGGCUGAACCGCAGCUGCCGGGGGGUGGUGAGGGGCGAAGGCGCCUGGGAGCCUAACGUCAGCUACGACCUGUGGGGCGAGGAGACCGGCUGCGACUGCUCGCGCGGCCUCAACUUCGCCAUGCACGAGCUGCAGCUGCUGCGGGUGGAGAAGCAGUACCUGCACCACAACCUGGACCACCUGGUGGAGGAGCUCUUCAUGGGGGACAUCCACACGGAGCCCGCCCAGAGGAUGUACUACCGGCCCUCCUGCUACCAAGCGGCGCUGCAGAACGCCAAGAACCAUGACCAAGCAUGCAUCGCAUGCCGCAUCAUCUACCGGUCAGACGAGCAGCACCCUCCCAUCCUGCCGCCCAAGGCAGACCUGACCAUCGGGCUGCAUGGACAGUGGGUGAGCCAGCGCUGCGAGGUGCGCCCGGAGGUGCUCUUCCUCACCCGCCAUUUUGUCUUCCAUGACAACAACAACACCUGGGAGGGUUACUACUACCACUACUCAGACCCUGUCUGCAAGCACCCCACCUUCAGCAUCUACGCCAAGGGCCGCUACAGCCGUGGGGUACACUCCACCCGAGUUAUGGGCGGCACUGAGUUUGUCUUCAAAGUGAACCAUAUGAGGGUAACGCCCUUGGACCAGGCCACCACCUCUCUUCUCAACGUCUUCAACGGAAAUGAGUGCGGAGCUGAAGGGUCCUGGCAGGUGGGUGUGGAGCAGGACGUGACGCACACCAAUGGCUGCGUGGCGCUGGGCAUCCGUCUGCCACACACCGAGUACGAGCUCUUCCGCAUGGAGCAGGACGCCCGCGGCCGCUACCUGCUCUACAAUGGCCAGCGGCCCAGCGACGGCUCCAGCCCUGACCGGCCAGAAAAAAGGGCCACCUCCUACCAGACGCCCCUGGUCCGGUGUGCCACCUGCAGCCAGGGGUCAGAGGUCAACAGGGCGGACACGGACCAGCCCCAGAGGCUCAGCAACGGCUCCCGACAACACGGCCACAGCGGCCUGCUGGACAGCAUAUGCACUGUCCUCAUCUCCAUUGCCUUCUUAUAUCUCAGCUAAGACAGGCGGCCCUUUGUUUCCAAUGUAGAGACCGGGACAAAAUUAGGAGGAAGUGAGUCGUCAGGCAAGCAGGAGGCUUCUGCCCUCAAAGAGAGACUAUUUACUUGACACACAUGAAUGGUUAGUAAGUUUUCCUUUCCAAGUUGUGGGGGCCAAAGGUCAAGGGAAAGCAAGUGACGUGUCUUUUGAUGAUUUGCGAUUGAACUCCAUCCAGAGACUUAAAACUGCCAUUCCACAGUAACUGCACUUUAUACGAGCAGACCUAAAGCAGUACGACCAUCUACAGUAUGCAGACAUGCAUAAGUAUGUAUUAUACCUACAUGCUUACAGUAUGGAAAUCGUGUCAUUUUUAGCUGAAAGGAAUACGCUGAAGAAUUUCACGUCUCUACAUUGAAUAUUAUUAUUGUGGUUGUAGUACUUUUGUGUGCUGACUGUGAAUGUGCAGCUUACAAGAAGAAGGCAUCUAAAAGGGAUAGAGGAUAUUGUCAAGAUCCAGCCAUCUGUGAGGACGGAAGAGAGGGACAGACACUUCCUGGGCGUAUAAAACAUUGUACAUUUGCGUCUUCAGUACUUCACCUUGACUUUCUUGUAAUUACACAAAAUUCCUUGUUUGAGGCACUUUUUGUAGUUUUUUUUUAAUGUAGAAAAAAAACAUAAACAAGUUGUUCUGCUAUUCUAUUUAUGUGAUAUCUGAACUUGGUUCAGACCAUAACAAAAGCAGUUACAUUUGUGCUGUUGGAUCAUGAGGAUAGCUGUGUGGAUGCUAACGUUAUUCUGUAAACUGUCUUUGUGUCUCAGUUAUUUCUUAAUGAAAGAUGGCAGGUUUGUACAUAUUUUCAUAGAUGUAUACAGACAAGUGUCCUGUUGCAUUUCUGUCUUGAAUUAGAUGACUAUGUAUGUUCUCAGAACUGGA